AUGCCCCCCUUCUUCUCCCCCCUCCCCGUCUUCACAUCCGCUAUCCUCCUCCGCACCACCCUCCUCUUCUACGGCCUCUGGCAAGACGCCCACUCGCCCCUGAAAUACACAGACAUCGACUACAACGUCUUCACCUCGGCCGCGUCCCUCGUCACGCAGCACCGCUCGCCCUACGACCGCGACACGUACCGCUACACGCCGCUGCUCGCAUGGCUGCUCGUGCCCACCACAAGCACGAGGUGGUGGUUUAAUUUCAGUUUCGGAAAAGUGUUAUUUGCCGCUGGCGAUGUCGUAGCGGGCUGGUUAAUUGUGCUGGUAUUGACGAGGCAGAAGGGCAUGCAGAUGGGUAGGGCCCUGAGGUACGCGAGUAUCUGGCUGCUGAACCCGAUGGUCGCGACGAUUAGUACGAGGGGCAGUUCGGAGGGCCUGUUGGGGGUGCUGGUGGUGGCGCUGCUGUGGGCUGUUAUGGGGAAGAGGAUUGGACUUGCGGGGUUUUUGUUGGGGCUUGGUGUGCAUUUUAAGAUUUAUCCGUUUAUUUAUGCGCCUUCUAUUGUUUGGUGGUUGGAUGAAGAGGAGGUUGGAAACGAAAAGGAAAAGGAAAAGAAGAAGGCAGAAGGGGAGGGAAAGGGAAGUGGUGGUGUUUUUGGAAUGGUCUGGAGGUUUUGUAACGCGGCUAGGAUUAAGCUGGCUGUUGUAAGUCUACUUACUUUCAUGGGAUUAAAUGGGCUUAUGUACUCGAUUUACGGCUGGCCUUUCCUCCAACAUACGUAUCUCCACCACGUAACACGGAUAGACCACCGGCAUAACUUCUCCCCCUACAACACCCUCCUCUACCUCUCCUCCUCCACAUCCUCUGCAUCCUCAUCCCCAUCUUUCCCCUCCUCAUCCCUGCACCUAGAAUCCCUGGCCUUCAUCCCGCAACUCUUCCUCUCAGCCAUCGCUCUCCCUUUGCUCCUAGCAAAGAAAGACCUACCCUCGACAAUGCUAGCACAGACAUUUGCAUUCGUAUCCUUUAACAAAGUCUGCACAAGCCAGUAUUUCCUCUGGUACCUAGUCUUCCUCCCCCUCUACCUGCCCACCUCGACCCUCCUCACGCACCCCGCGCUAGGCCUGCGCGCCGCCUUCCUCUGGGUCGCCACGCAGGGUCUAUGGCUCCAGCAGGCGUUCCGGCUAGAGUUCCUAGGCAUCAGCACCUUCGUGCCGGGUCUGUGGGUGUCCAGCUUACUGUUUUUCUUGUGCAAUGCGUGGGUGUUGGGGAUUAUAGUGGGGGAUAUUGGAGGGACUGAAAGGGAAUCGGCAACGGCUAUAUCAACAUCUACAGGUACAGGUACAGGCACAAGUACUUCCUCACCACUGCCAAUGUCAAUGUCAACGUCGAAAGCAAAAUCACAAUCUCAAGCAUAUGUAAAAUAA